AUUUGAUCCACCGAAAAAAGAAAAAUCUGAAGGCGAAACGUAGAACGGUAGAGAAGAAUGUAUUCAAACCGAAGCCAAGAUGAGCAGUCCCCUGCCUGCAGCCGGAACUCCCCUGAGUUCUUCACCUUUUUAAUUCCCUCCAAUUCUUCUUCUUCCUCUUCCAUCUCCUACGUCGAAUCGUCCGUUACUGAAGAACGAAUGAAGGCGGAAUUUUGUAAACGAGCCGAGAGUAGAGGACUUUUGGAAUAUACUCCUGAUUUGAUUCUUCCGGAUCAGUGGAUGAUCAUCGACCAUACUGGUGUUUGCUGUUCUUCUGUGUCUACCGAUGUGGCCUUUGCAUGUUCUGUUCAGCAAGUUACUCAAUGUGCUACAUAUAAACCAGCUUCACUCUUGGGAUUGUGGUCUGGCAUGUGCUGGCUGCUGCCUGCUGCUAUGGUUUUGAAUGCAACUGGUGUCAAUGAUUGCAGCAUCGAUCGAUGCUUUAGCAGACAUGUGCUGCACAACUAGGAAGAAUGAGAGAAUUUCAUCCAAAUGCUUAGAAGAAGUGCGCAAGUCGUUCGGAACGGACGAAGAUCUUAUUGUGAUAUCUCUGGAGAGCAGCAUCAAACAGAAGAACUGUUGUUGGAGGAAAAUUCCUCCUCCUCCACUCAUCCACACAUAAUAAUUCCAUUGACAUGUCAUUCUUCGGUGUUAACGAUGAACAAACAAACAGGUUGGUACCAAAGUCCAAAGCACAUGUGAUCUGUCCAUAUGAUAAACCUUUCCCUUUUGGCCACUUUUUAAGCACAGUUUUGCUUUCUUCCCUUUUUUCUGUUACUUGUAUGUAUGCCCAUAAGAAUUCAUACAGAUAACGUCCAAAAAUGUAUUUGGGAAGUGAAGUAAUGUACAAAAAAGGAUAAACAAAAUAAAAGAGCAGAGGCCUCUGAUCAUGAUACCGGCUACAGUCAUGUCGCUGUUGUGCUGUGCCAUAUAAUACCAAAGACGAAGCUGAUUCCGUGAGGAUUCUUUGAAUCCAAACCCCAAUUGUUGUG